UUUUUGUCAAGCUUAAUAGUGAUGGUAGCUGUAGAGAUGGAAUUUGUGGAGGUGGUGGUGUUGUAUGAGUGCUCUUAUUAUGGCUUACUCUAUUUCCUUGGGUGUUGGAACCAGCAAUUAGGAAGAAGCAAAGGCCAGGAUUUUUGGCCUUAAAUGGUGCAUUGAAAGAAGGUGUAGGUGAGCAAGAGCUUGGGCUACGUCAAGAUCACCAUUUGGCAAGGCUACUAGGGCUUGGGUCUCUCUCUUGGACGGAGCAUCAAGUACAUGUCAGUCGCUCUGGAGCAGGUUCUUCGACUGGAUCAAUGUUAACAUCUGAGUCUGUUUAGCUGGAGAUAGUGUAGAGGGAAGGUUUUAAAGAACUUAAGCUAGGAAGUGCCGUAAAGGAGUGAGUUGCAGAAGAUUUAAUCCAAAAUGAGUGACAAUAACUUAUUGGAUAAAGUCAGUGCUUUUGGGGAGCGCUUGAAGAUUGGAGGCACAGAGGUUGGGCAAAAGAUCACUGCUGGAAUGAGCUCGAUGAGUUUCAAGAUGAAGGAGCUUUUUCAAGGCCCGAAUCAGGCUGAUAAGCUUGUCGAGGAAGCCACAGCUGAAACUCUGGAUGAACCUGAUUGGGCUAUGAAUCUUGAGCUUUGUGACAUGAUUAAUCAUGAGAGAAUUAAUAGUGUUGAACUUAUACGGGGCGUGAAGAAAAGAAUAAUGUUGAAGAGCCCCAGGAUUCAGUACUUAGGCUUGGUGUUACUUGAAACUAUUGCAAAGAAUUGCGAGAAGGCAUUCUCAGAGAUUGCAGCUGAGAGGGUUCUGGAUGAGAUGGUGAAGUUGAUUGAUGACCCUCAGACUGUUGUUAACAAUCGAAACAAAGCCCUGGUGUUAAUUGAAGCUUGGGGAGAAUCAUCGAGUGAGCUUCGCUAUUUACCUGUGUAUGAAGAGACUUACAAGAGUUUGAGAUCUAGAGGGGUACGCUUUCCUGGUCGUGACCAUGAAAGCCUAGCUCCGAUCUUCACUCCUCCAAGAACAGUGUCAGCUUCAGAACCAAGUGUUACUCUUGCCCAGCAAAUUCAACAUGAGAUUCCACGGGAGAACUUUACAGCUGAACAGACAAAGGAGGCAUUUGAUGUGGCUAGAAACAGUAUGGAGCUUCUGACAACUGUUCUGUCCUCUUCACCUCAGCAGGAUGCUCUGCAGGAUGACUUGACAGUUACGCUAGUACAACAGUGUCGCCAAUCCCUCAAUAUUGUUCAGAGAAUCAUCGAGACUGCUGGAGAUAAUGAGGCCCUCCUUUUUGAAGCCCUGAACAUAAAUGAUGAAGUCCAAAAGGCCCUUUCGAAGUACGAUGAAAUGAAGAAACCUGCAGUUGUUUCAUCAGAGCCAGAACCUGCCAUGAUUCCAGUUGCAGUGGAGCCCGAUGAGUCACCUCGUGCUGGAAAAGAAGAUGCUCUGAUCAGAAAACCAUCAGGCUCCCGAUCUGCAGUCCAGGGAGGCAGUAAUGAUGACAUGAUGGAUGAUCUUGAUGAGAUGAUCUUCGGUAAAAAAGUGGGUGGCACAUCUGAAUCAGGACAUGACUCAAAGAAGCAGCAAUCACCAAAAGAUGAUCUCAUCUCUUUUUGAUUUCCUUCCAGUGCGGUGGACACUGGCUUUGGUGAUGUUAAUAUCAGGCUUUUUCACAUUCUGUCUACUCUAGUGCUCAUGAUUGAACCUUCAUAAAUGAAUGUAGAAACUUCGUCGAUUUGUUCUCCACCAUAUACCUGAAUAACUAACAGUUUUAAUGUUUAAACUUCUGGGAUUUAAUUGCUUGAGAAGAGAUCCUGCAUGUCUUUUCAUGGA